UUUUCUCCCUUUAUUACUAUUUCCCUAUCUCUUAAAAUUUUCUCUGAAAUCAAGACAUUGCUCAGAGAGAAGAAGAGAAAUUUAUUUAGAGAGAGAAGCUGGAAGAGUAAGAGUUUUUCUUUAAUCAAUCUAAAAUGGCUUCAAGGAUUCAGCAACAACAAGCAAUCAGAGGUGAAGCAGUUGUAGGUGUAAACAAGAAUGUGAAGAAAAUUGCAGCAGCGGCUGAAGUAAAAAACCGCCGGGUUCUUGGCGAUAUUGGUAAUCUUGUUACAGUUCGAGGAAUAGAAGGCAAGCAGCAGCCUAAUCGCCCCGUCACAAGGAGUUUCGGUGCUCAACUGCUUGCCAAUGCUCAAGCUGCGGCAGCUGCAGAGAACAACAAGAAACAAGUAUGUGUCAAAGCGGAAAAAGUGCCUGCUGCUGGUGUUGAUGGAGUGGCCGCAGAGGCUAGAAAAGUUGCAGUGAGAAAGCCAGCUCAGAAGAAAGUUACUGUGAAACCAAAGCCUGAAGAGGUGACUGAGAUAAGCCCUGAUACUGAAGAGAAGCCAGGGAACAAGAAAAAGGAAGGAGAAGGAUCUACAAAGAAGAACAAGCCAACUCUUUCUUCUGUCCUCACUGCUAGAAGCAAGGCUGCUUGUGGUGUUGCAAACAAACCAAAGGGGCUGGUUAUUGAUAUUGAUGCAGCAGACGCUAACAAUGAUUUGGCUGGGGUGGAAUACGUCGAGGACAUCUACAAGUUCUACAAGCUAGUUGAGAAUGAGAGCCGGCCCAAUGACUACAUGGACAGGCAGCCCGAGAUUAAUGAGAAAAUGAGAGCCAUUCUUGUGGAUUGGUUGAUUGACGUGCAGCACAAGUUUGAGCUCUCACCCGAAACUCUUUAUCUCACAAUCAAUAUCAUUGAUAGAUUCCUUUCUGUGAAGACUGUUCCCAGAAAGGAAUUGCAGCUUGUGGGCAUGAGUGCCACACUUAUGGCCUCAAAGUAUGAAGAGAUAUGGGCUCCUGAGGUCAAUGACUUGGUGUGCAUUUCAGACAGAGCUUACACUCAUGAACAGAUUCUAGUUAUGGAGAAGACUAUAUUGGCAAACCUGGAAUGGACACUGACAGUGCCUACACACUAUGUUUUCCUUGCUCGCUUCAUUAAGGCAUCAAUUCCUGAGAAGGGAAUGGAGAACAUGGUCUAUUUUCUAGCUGAGUUGGGCUUGAUGCAUUAUGACACGGUCAUGUUUUGUCCAUCAAUGGUUGCUGCCUCAGCAGUAUAUGUGGCUCGAUGCACUCUAAAUAAAACCCCUUCCUGGACUGACACCCUUAAGAAGCACACUGGUUUCUCAGAACCACAACUUAAGGAUUGUGCUGGAUUGCUGGUGUAUUUCCAUUCGAAAGCCGCGGAACACAGACUUCAGUCUGUGUACAGGAAGUACUCAAAGCCUGAGCGAGGAGCAGUUGCACUGCUUCCACCAGCCAAAAGUCUGUUGCCUGGUGGUUUGAGUUAAAAUGAUCAACGAAGUUGACAAAGCUUUUAGUUGGAAAUUCUCACAUUUGCUUUAUGUGAGCAGCAUAGAAGAGAUAUGAACCAAUUUGUUUGUUGGAUUAGUAGAUCAAUUUGUUUGUUGCCGCCCUGUGAGCAAUAAUUUUCUUUUCUGCUCUUAAAUUUCUUACUCUCAAAUUUAAGAAAGUGUCAUUGAUUGUUUCAA